UCCAUAGACUUUCUCAGCCCUGUUGAAACCGCCAGCUUUGAAGCGCGUCACCCUGAGUCUGGCUGUCUGAGCGGAACGCGAGAUGCACUACUGGAGAAGAUUUCUGCCUGGUUCAAUGACGAAGACCCCGAGGUGCCCCAGAUUUUCUGGCUAUCGGGAUUGGCUGGGACGGGCAAAACAACAGUUUCCCAUACAAUUUGCGAUAUGACGAAGAAGAUCAAUCGGCUGGGGGCGGCAUUCUUUUUCUCCAGAGAUAGCACUGACCAGCGGCGAGUCUCGAGAAUCAUACCAACGUUGGCUUACCAGCUCGCGGCGGUUAGGCCGGAGCUGCGCUCCGAAAUAUGUGCAUCCAUUCAGAAGUAUCCACACGCUCCCGGUAGCGCCCAGAAGUUGCAGUUUGAUUAUCUCCUCAAAGAACCGUUGCUCCAGUUGUCGGCGCACACGCCUACCCUCCUGGUCGUUUUGGAUGCCCUAGAUGAGUGCGACAAGGAAAGAGGCAAAGAAGGCGGCGACCUGCUGGACCUUCUCUUUGCGGAAGUCCCUCAAAGAAAAUUGAGGCUCAAAGUCCUCGUUACAAGCCGGCCGGAACGAUCAAUCGAAGAGACGUUCAAGAGAACUGGUGGCGGCUCUUCAGUGUAUCGCCCAUCUAUACUGCACGAAGUUGACCAGUCCAUGGUAAAACGUGACAUCGAGCUAUACUUGACCCAUCAUCUACAUCGGAUCCAGAUGGACCGGGCGAUACAGCCGCCUUGGCCCGCCGAUUACGCCUUGAGUCUGCUCCUUGCUCGUGCCGGUCUGUUAUUCAUAUUCGCUGCCACCAUGGUCAAUUACCUCGCGGACUCUUAUUAUACCCCUCAAGAACAAUUAAGGCGAUUGCUUGAAGAAGCGGCUCAGCCGUCGUCCACCUAUAUGGGUGUGGAUGAGCUGUACCUCCAUAUCUUACAAAGAAUGGUGGAAGGCAGGCGAGACCGGGACCUACUUUGCAAAAGAUUUCGUGACAUUGUUGGAGCAAUCGUGAUCGCGCAAGACCCGAUGUCCAUUAAGACGUUGGCGACUCUCAUGCAGAAGGAGGAGGAUGAAGUUUUAGUGGCAUUGCUCCCUCUUCGCUCCGUCCUCGUUCUCAAUCCCUCGGAUCGAUCUACGCCCAUACGCAUCUUUCAUCCGUCCUUUCGCGACUUCCUUCUCAAUCGUGAGCGAUGUAUGGAUGUCCAGUUUGCUAUCUCUGAGGCAGAAAUCCAUGGACAAUUGGCGGGAGACUGCCUAGCGAUUAUGAUUAAUAGCCUCAAACGGGAUAUAUGCGACAUUGGUGAUGAGCCGAUACUGAAUGUGGAGAUCCCCCAGCUUCAAGCGAAACUCGGUCAACAGAUUUCCCCCGCACUAUCGUACGCCUGCCGGCACUGGGGCACUCAUCUUUCAAAGUCUGCCCAGGAUGCCACAUCUAUGGCGCCACUGAAGGAGCAAUUAUCCGCGUUCACUUCACGAAGACUUCUGAACUGGAUAGAAGCCGUCAGCCUCAGUGGCCAGUUCUCCUCAUGCAUCGCCAACCUGGCACUUGCCGAAGACUGCGAUACCUAUUCUCUCAUUUCUGACGCUUACCGUCUCGUAUUAGACUUCCAGAAAGUCAUACGGGAAAGCACAAUGCAGCUUUACGCAUCUGCUCUUGCGUUUAUCCCGAAUUGCACGCUCCUACGAUAUUACGAGUCCGAACUGAGUUCUUCCGUCAGAAUGACGACUCCUCGGACGGAUAAUUGGGACGUUUGCAAUCUGGUGCUGGAAGGUCACACUGGCCCUGUGCGCGCACUUUCCUUUUAUCCCGACGGGAGUCGGCUUGUAUCUGGAUCCGAGGACAAUGAUUUGCGGCUCUGGAAUCUCGCGGAUGGUCAAUGUCUAAUGCACUUAUGCGGCCACUCUGGUCCAGUCAACUCGGUGGCUGUCUCCGGGGACGGAAACUACAUUGCCUCUGGCUCCGACGACGGCACAAUCCGGACAUGGCAUGCUGUGACUGGGCAGUGUCUUACCGUAUUCAAGAAGACGAGAGGCGGUGUUAUUAGUGUGACCUUCUCCUCGGACGGACGAACUAUCGUCUCUGGGCAUGAAGACGGACUGCUCAGGAUCUGGGACGCGUCUACAUGCAAGGUGCGAUGGACCCUGGAAGGCCACGGAAAAUCUGUCACCUCAGUCGCGUGCUCGAACAAGGAUUCUUUCGUUAUUUCCGGUAGUCUCGACCAGACCGUUCGUUCAUGGGAUGUGAAGACUGGGAGCCUGCAAAAUUCAUACCAGGGGCAUAGCGCCGGUGUUUUGUGCGUCGCAUCGUCAUCGGAUGGCACUUGUGUAGCGUCGGGAUCCGAGGACCAAUCUAUAAUCCUCUGGAGUGUAUCCGACUGCAAAGAGAUCUCUCGUCUAACUGGUCACUCGCAAGCUGUCAAAUCAGUCGCCUUCUCCAGUGCCAAAUGCCUUGUCUCCGGCUCAGCUGAUGGUACAGUCCGUGUGUGGGACACGGGAGGAACUUGCUUAUCAGUAUUCUACGGGCAUUCGGGAGGAGUUGACUGUACUCAAUUCUCCCCAGACGGUGCAUGGGUCGCGUCAGCGUCCGGUGAUCGUACAGUUCGUGCAUGGGACGCCUCGAUGACAGGGGAACAGGGCUCCAGGGAUUGGCGGAAUGCGCACAAGGGGCGUAUCAAUUUCACUGCAGUCUCCCCUGACGACAUGCAUGUCGCGACUUCAUCCGUGGACUGUACCAUCGGGUUAUGGAACGUUCGUGGAGAUGACCUUGUGCUCGCCCAUCGAUUAAGUGAUCAUUCCGCCAGUGUCCAUUGCGUUGAUUUUUCCAAAGAUGGAGAUUUUCUCGUGUCCGCUUCCGAGGAUUGCUACGUGCGGGUAUGGGAUACUCGCCGCGGGACAUGUUUGCGCACACUUCCUCGCCAUGAUGGUGGCGUCGGCGUGGCCACAUUCUCUCCCGACGGGCUUACUAUCGUGUCUGGUUCAUUUGACUCGACAAUUCGCGUGUGGAAUACUAAAUCAGGCGAGAUGCUGGGAUUAUUAUCAAACCAUCCGAGUCCAGUACUCUGGGUCGCGUACGCGCCACAGGGU